CUCUCUGUACUCUAUAAGGUUCAAAACGUUCGGUGUACAAGAGACUUUUGGUGAUUGGUAAAGACUUUACUAUCAUGUGAUGAAUCCAUCAGUUUGAACCUUCUAAAUCAAAUAUUUAACUCGUAUUAGCGAUCAAGACGUGUAUACAUUUUCCUUUAGCGAAUUUUACAUUGUUAUCAUUUCUAAUGAAUAUGGACACUCCCUAACUUUUGAUUGUAUAAAGGUCAAUCAUAUUAUUCGGUUCAAUAGGUGAUUGAAUUUUUAGAAAAUACGUAUUGUUGUAACUUAUAAUCCACUAAUUUAUGUCUAUUAUCCGUUUUCACCGGUUUGAUCUCCGCCGGACGUCCCCAUCGUGGUUGUCUGAAAACCACCAUGGAUGACGUGUCCACCGGUUCUCCUCUACCAUCACCUAACCAACUACCCUGCAUAUUUAACCUCCCGCCAACGCCCCUUAAUUACCCAAACCCAGGAGAAAGAAAAAGCAGAAGAAAACUCCCGUUACCAAACACCCACCCAAUUCCCCUCUUCCUCCCUCCGCCGCCGCCUGAAAUCCCACCCUUUCCUCCUCCGUUUCAGGCGACGGUCGGCGAUGGAAUCCCAAAACAACCACCACCACCACGACGAAUUCAUCUUCCGAUCCAAGCUCCCGGACAUCUACACCCCCCACCACCUCCCUCUCCAUUCCUACUGCUUCGAGAACAUCUCCCAAUUCGCCGACAAGCCCUGCCUCAUCGACGGCGCCACGGGAACCACCCACACCUACGCCGACGUCGAGCUCGCCUCCCGUCGCGUCGCGGCUGGCCUCCACAACGAGCUCGGAAUCCAGCAGGGCGACGUCAUCAUGCUCCUCCUCCACAACUCCCCUGAAUUCGUCUUCUCCUUCCUCGCCGCCUCGCACCUCGGCGCCGUCGUCACAACGGCCAAUCCGUUCUACACCCCGGUCGAAAUCGUCAAACAGAUCGCCGCCUCCAAGGCUAAAGUCGUCAUCACGCAUUCCAAUUUUGCCGAAAAAAUCAAAUCGGAAGUGAAAAUCGUCACGAUCGACGAUGCUCUGUUUUUAAAAUUCUCGGAUCUGGUGAAGGAGGGCGGAAUUGAUCCGAUCCUGCCGGCGGUGAAGAUAAAUCCCGACGACGUGGUGGCUCUGCCGUAUUCUUCGGGGACGACGGGGCUUCCGAAAGGAGUGAUGCUGACGCACAGGGGGCUGGUGACGAGCGUAGCGCAGCAGGUCGACGGCGAGAAUCCGAAUCUGUAUUUCCAUCGGGACGACGUGAUACUCUGCGUUUUGCCGCUGUUCCACAUCUAUUCGUUGAAUUCGAUCAUGCUCUGCGGGCUGAGGGUCGGGGCGGCGAUUCUGAUCAUGCCCAAGUUUGAGAUUGGGGCUCUGAUGGGGCUGGUGGAGAGGUACAAGGUGACGAUCGCGCCGUUCGUGCCGCCGAUCGUGCUGGCGAUUGCCAAGUCGCCGGAGUUUGACCGCUACGACUUGUCGUCGAUAAGGAUGGUGAUGUCCGGCGCGGCGCCGAUGGGGAAGGAGCUCGAGGAUGCUGUUAGAGCCAAACUGCCUAAUGCCACGCUUGGACAGGGUUACGGAAUGACGGAGGCGGGUCCAGUGCUAUCAAUGUGCUUGGCGUUUGCCAAGGAGCCGUUUGACAUAAAGUCCGGCGCCUGCGGGACGGUGGUGAGGAACGCCGAGAUGAAGAUCGUCGAUCCGGCCACCGGCACAUCUCUUCCCCGGAACCAGGCCGGCGAGAUUUGCAUUAGAGGCAGCCAGAUCAUGAAAGGCUACUUGAAUGACCCGGAAGCGACGGCGAACACGAUCGACAAGGAAGGGUGGCUACACACCGGCGACAUAGGCUACAUCGACGACGACAGCGAGUUAUUCAUCGUCGACAGGCUGAAAGAACUGAUCAAGUACAAAGGGUUCCAAGUUGCUCCGGCGGAACUCGAAGCCAUGUUGCUCGCGCAUCCCAAUAUCUCCGAUGCCGCCGUUGUCCCGAUGAAAGAUGAGAGCGCCGGAGAGGUCCCUGUGGCGUUUGUGGUGAGAUCGAAUGGUUCCAAAAUCAGUGAGGACGAGAUCAGAGAGUACAUCUCCAAACAGGUGAUAUUCUACAAGAGAAUUAGUCGGGUGUUUUUUACGGACUCCAUUCCUAAAGCUCCGUCAGGGAAGAUUUUGAGGAAGGAUUUGAGAGCCAGGUUGGUUGUCGGUAUUCCCGCUUAAUUAUUAGAUAUAAACAGUGAUGUUGUAGUUUAACAUUGCAAUUUGGGGAAAUCCUAUGCUUAAUUAUCGAGGUGGUUGUUUUUUUUUUUUUUUUAUGUAAAUUAUGGGAAUGGGGGAAUUGAGGAAGGAGCAAAAUGAAGGUACUAAUCAUAUAGAUUCAACCUUUUUUUGGUGUAAUAUGUCGUGCCUGUAUUCUGAUUUACAAAUAAUGUUAUGGAGGUGGGUGUUUGGUACAUGUAUCUUCUAGGGAGAAGAUUAACUACUAAACAUUAAGUUGAGGACAUACAGAAACACAGAGUGUGUGUUCAGAAGUGAACAGAAUGGAUUACAUAAUUAAGUCGUAAAUUAAACUAUCCAACAGUUUUCAUAUAUAUCUCAAGCCCCCAUGUGAUCUGUCUCAGUUAAUUAGCAGACACAGAUAGACAUAGCAGAAGAAGAAGAAGAAGAAGAAGAAGAAGAAGGAGAUGAUGAUUCAUAGGAGUCAGGAGUAAGUAAGGGGAGUAUUUAAUCUGAAACCUCGGUGGCCUUCUAUAGAAAAGAGGUAAGGCGACCAUACCAUUAGUAAACAUUAUGGAGGACACCAACCCCAAUCUGCCGCUCCCUUGUGGGUAGGGCUGGCAAUUUGGUCCAUGACUGUUUGGUUUUACCCGAAACCGGACCGUAUAACCAGGACCGGGACCGGACUGGGACCGGAUAGCAAACAAUCCAAUCUCAUAUUCGGGCAUAGAUUUGAGGUAAAAAACCCCGGAUAAAGACCGGAUAAGAGACCCCAACACUCAAAUCCCCACAAGCUCAAUCUAAAAUCAAAAUCAAAUUGGGACCGGACCGGGUCAAGACCAGAGUGUAUCCAAUCCAAUCUUUGGUCCUUAUAUUCCCGAAAAAACCGGACUGGGACCGGAUCAAUUUGGUCUAAUUUAACCGGACCGGACCGUAUAGCCACCCCUACUUGUGGGCGCUCCUUAGGCCUUAACAACAUAUAAGAAUAAGAAUAAAAAUAAAUAUAAUUAUAAAGAGAUUUUUUGGAAAAACAAAAUCAAAUCUAAAAAAUAAAUUUUAUAUUGUAAAUUUACAUACUGCGUGUUGCUUCAAAUGAGUAUUCAAUUAUGGAGUUUGAAAUUCAUAAGGACUUGUAAGUAGUAACUAGGGUAUGGGGUUACCAAAAUUCAGCACAGGUGAUCUUUUCGAUCGAUCGCUUGAUUUUUUUUUUCUCCAUAGUAUCAAGCCAACAGUUUUUUCAUAUAGUAUCAAGCCUAGAUGAACAUGUGAUCUUUUCGUCCCUUACAAUUUGAUCUAUCGUAUGUGACAAAAAUCUACUUCAUCGGUAGCUGAUGAUUAAUUAAGAUCUUCUAAAUAACCUAACCAGGCGAUCGAUGGAUACACAUAAACCGCUCAAUCACUGUUGUAAAUCGAUUGGAUUCACGUACCUAUUCUUCAACGAAAGCUUCUCUUUGUACGUUGACUUAACAUACACAUUCAAAUUAAACCCAUGACCAAAUUAAUGAUUUCAGUACCAUAUUACUGUGAGUCCAAACCAAAUUCUUGCCUUUAUGCUGCCUAUGCUGCAAUUUCCAAAACAGCAUUGCGCUGAAAACUUUGGCAACUUGGCUGGUUGGCUAUAGCCUUUCCUUUUUUUAUUUCUUCUUUCAAUAACCAGCUGGUUGGAUUGAUGGAGAUUGGAAGUAGCUAGUGGAUGCCAUGGACGGUUGGAAUAAGUUCAAUGUGAUUGUAAUGCCAUAUUAGAUGUAUGGCAGCAGGAUAUAUGUUGGUCUGUGAUGGGUAAUAUACUAAUACUAUGGUCCUCUACUGUUAUUAUGGGUUCACUAUCUAGCUAAGCAAGCUAGCUAGUGCAGUCAUUUCUGAGUCCAUAUUUGAAUGCCUCAACAAAAAUGCUUCUUUCUUGCCACUGUCGGGAGAGCCCCUCCUUUUUGACUUCGCGGCAUAUGUAAUUAAUACCAAGAUUAUUG